UUUGUUUUAUCAUUCUCUCUCCAUAUGUGUGUGUGUAUGUGUGUCUGUGUGUAUGACACAGGUUAUAUAUGCUGUAUUUUUUUCUGAGUCACCUAAGAGUAAUAACACAAAUAUUAUGUCUCAUUACUUUUAAAUACUUCAGUGUGCAUUUGCUAAAAACCAAGGACACUCCUGCAUAACCACAGUACAUCUGUCAAAACAAGGAAACCAGCAUUGAACCUCCCGUACUGUCAUCCAAUCUGUGGAUUCCAAGUAACCUCCAGUAGCAAAUUGUUACUUUCCUUAAAAAAUAUUCUGAUUUCUGAGUUGAGCGACCCUUAUUAGGGUCACAGAAUCAGCCCCAGCACUCCUAGCCCUAUUCACUCUCUAUUAGGCAGAGCUGAGAAGGCCAUUUGCUCAGGCAGGAAGAAUUACAACUCCCAGAGUGCACCUGUGGGUUGUCAGGAGCAACCAAGGAAUGCAGACUAACAGCCGUGCCGGAGUCAGUACUAUCCACCAAACGACUGCCUUGCCAGCAGCCAUCCAUGGGCCAGGAUUAUUACUCUGUGCUCCAGAUCACUCGCAAUUCAGAGGAUGCCCAGAUCAAGAAGGCGUACCGGAAACUGGCCCUUAAGAACCACCCGCUGAAGUCCGUUGCGCCGUCCUCAGCAGAGACAUUCAAGCAAAUAGCAGAGGCCUACGAUGUACUGAGCGACCCUGUGAAGAGAGGCAUCUAUGACAAGUUCGGAGAGGAGGGUCUGAAGGGCGGGAUUCCUCUGGAGUUUGGAUCCCAGACCCCGUGGACAACUGGUUACGUCUUCCACGGCAACCCUGAAAAGGUUUUCCAUGAGUUCUUUGGAGGAGACAACCCCUUUGGUGAAUUUUUUGAUACAGAAGGAAGUGAGGUGGAUUUGAACUUUGGGGGGCUCCGGGGCCGAGGGGUCAGAAAACAGGAUCCCCCAAUUGAACGAGACCUUUACCUAUCCCUGGAGGACUUAUUCUUUGGCUGCACCAAGAAAAUUAAGAUCUCCCGAAGGGUGCUGAAUGAGGAUGGGUACUCCUCGACCAUCAAGGACAAGAUCCUCACGAUUGAUGUGAAGCCUGGCUGGAGGCAGGGCACUCGGAUCACUUUUGAGAAGGAAGGGGACCAGGGCCCCAACAUCAUCCCAGCCGAUAUCAUCUUCAUCGUGAAGGAGAAGCUGCACCCUCGCUUUCGCAGGGAGAAUGACCACCUCUUUUUUGUGAACUCCAUUCCCUUGGGCAAGGCUCUGACCUGCUGCACCGUGGAGGUGAAGACCCUCGAUGACCGUCUGCUCAACAUCCCCAUCAAUGACAUCAUCCAUCCCAAGUACUUCAAGAAGGUGCCCGGUGAGGGGAUGCCAUUGCCUGAGGACCCUGCGAAGAAGGGGGACCUUUUCAUCUUCUUUGACAUCCAGUUUCCCACCCGCCUCACAGCCCAGAAGAAGCAGAUGCUGCGCCAGGCAUUGCUGACAUAACUGCUGGGCUGGGAGCUGGAGCGGGGGACAGAGAGGGCGAGCUGGGCCUUAGCCCACUCCUGCCCCUCCACAGCCUCAGGUGCACAGACGACAUGAGGGGGGCAUGGCAUGGGACUUGUCAACUGACACAAUAAAGAUUUAUUUCCUAUCCUCCAGCUACACCCUGGAGAGUGUGUGUUGGGGGAGGAGAGCUUCAUUUAGCUCCUCUGUGGAGCAAAGGGCAGGGCCCAGGAAGCCCAUGACCCGGGUCCCUGUCCUGGCUCUGUGGACAUGGCCAGGGCUGAGGGAUCAAAGCUCUGUGCUCCCACCUUGACAGAGGGGCAGAGCCGAGUGGCCUCUGAAGGUCACCAGCUCUGCUCUGAUUUCUCAUGACAUGUGAUCUUCAGCAGGGGCAGUCUCAGGAGUGUGAUAUGGUCACACUGUAGAGAUAGGAAGCACAGAAAGAAAAUUCUGUCCCAGGUCACACAGGGCUCAGGGGCCAAGUUGUCACCAGAAACUUGACAGCCCACUUCCCAGACUCAGUGCUUAGACAGGCAGCACCUAGGGACCGACCACUGGCAAUGGCUUGGUUUCCAUCCUUCCAGCCUGUCCCCUUGUUCUGUGGGUGGUCCUGCACUCUCUCUAGGAGGCGCGUCUGGGUUCUGCUCCCAGCCCAGCCACUGACCCUGUGGAUGUUGCUGCCUGUCUUGUCAGUGAAGCAGAGCUCAUAACCCCCGCCCCGGGCUGCUUGUGAGAACUGAGUCAUUGGUGUGGAGGUGCUUGGUGAACUUGCUGCUUAGGCUUCAGGGUUACAGCAUGGCUGCUGACGUGACUUGCAGAGUCCCAGCUCAAGGCCAGCUGUGCAGCCCACAACUGCCUCCACAGUGCAGUAUAUCCCUCCUCCAUACAGGUGACACUCCCCUCUCUGGAGUCUAGGUUUAGACUAGGAUCAGCCCAAAUUUACAGGCCCCAUAAUCAUCCCCCAUAAUGGACAUAUGGGCCCCAUAAUGGGCCCUUUUCGGAGGUCCCAGAAAAGGCCUCGUGUUGUCCAUAUUGCUUGGAUUCUAUGAUUCUAAGCACCAUAUUAGCUAAGGUAUUUUUCUUAAGUGGGGGCUGGGGAGCACUUGGCCACUUCUACUGCAUCGGGAAGAGAGCAGCAGCAGCAGGUGGAGAUGUAGCAUCUGGACCAGGGUUCUAGGAAGCAUCUCCAGUUACUACUGGAUGUGGGCUUUGGGGUCAGACACACCUCAGGUGUGCUACUUACCUGCUGUGUGCCCUUGGGCAAAUCACUGCACAUUUCUUGAGCCUGUUUCUUAAAGCAAAAAUCACGACUCCUAUCUUGAAGGCUUUGGGGAAACCAGAUGAGGGAAACAGACUCUGCCCUUUGGGGCAGGAGAGCGGCAGUGGUAGCUGGCCUGCUCUGAGAGCAGGUGAGUAAGGGAGUGUGGAGCCUGUGGUGUGUAUCUCUAGCACUCCAGGUCUCCUCUGGGCCAGCAGGGAAGCCUGCUCCUAACCUCUUUUUCAUGGUGAGGCUCUGGAGGAAGCCUGGUCUCAGGCCUGAAGAGCAACCUCUAAGAGAAGUCUACCUCAGUGAUAUUCAGGGCUACCUUGUGAGCCAGGCAAAACAGGGCUUAUGGUGUUGUAUAGGCAUUAAGGAUGGAGGCCCAGUUACUGAAUUACUGAGGCCUACUGAUAUGCUGUCCAGUGGUUCCUAUCGCCUUCCCAGCAACUUGUCCCAGGAUCACGUGCAGAACCAUGAUGAAGUCUGGUGGCCUUGAGU